UACUGGCUGUUCAAGUUCAAGUAACUACCAAACCAAAACAAUGAAAGCUACGUCGAAAAAGCGAGCAUCCUCACUGGAGAACGACACAAGGAAAAAGCAAAAGAUUUCACUUGAUCUUUCUGGUGUCAGAGCUGUGAUCGUAGAGGUUGGUCUCGGGAAAACGCGUGCGUCCAUUCUGGCAAAACAGUUAGAGAGACAUGGGGGAAAGCACCAACAGAACUUGGAAAGCUCCACAACACACGUAUUGAUCGACAAGAAACUAAAUAAGGAAAGACUGACAAAGUCUUUAGGAGUAGAAGCUAUUCCAGAAGAAGUACACUUAGUGGAUUCUGAAUGGCUGAGCAAGUGUCUAUCCGAGGGGAAACUCGUAGAUUUACAGCGAUACAUUUUGGGUAAGGACGAUGGGUGUAAAGAUGAAGGCAAAGCUGUUAAAAAAGCAUCGAAUAAUGAAACCGGUGAUCAAAAUCAGAUAUCAGUGGCAAGUGUUGAAGAGGGAACUUCAAAUACAGCACUAAAAACUGCAGCAAUUUCAUCAAAUAACACAGUAACUUUUACUUUUAGUAAGUCUCCAACAAAACACUCGACCUCAAAAACUCAAGUAGACGAUGACAGCGAUUAUAUUGAUAGUGGUGAUGAGGGAAGCAAAUCAGACAGAUCUCCUGUUAUUACACCAAACACUUCUCCAGAGAAACUUGGAAAUGCAACCUGGGUAUGUGCACAAGCUUGUACCUCAAAGCAACAGAAUCACAACCAACUUAUAACUGACAAGCUUCAAGUUCUUGCAACAGCAUAUGCCAACACCAAAGAUCAGUGGAGAGCUCUGGGAUAUAAGAAAGCUAUAGCAUCAGUAAAAAAUUAUCACAAAAGACUUGAAACUUGGGAAGAAUGUAGCAACCUUCCAUUUGUUGGAGAGCGUCUUGCUAAGAAAAUAUGGGAAAUAUCUCAGACUGGUCAUUUGCGAAGGCUUGAUCAUGUGGAUCCUCAACAGAAUGCUCUAAACUUGUUUGUUGGUGUUUGGGGUGCUGGGCCUACAACUGCGGAAGCUUGGGUCUCUCAGGGACUAAAAACUCUUGAGGAUCUUAAGCAGCAUGGGAAGUUAACAAGACAACAAGAGAUUGGCUUGAAGUACUAUGAUGAAUUUCUAGAGAGAAUGCCACGAGAGGAAGCUGGAAAGAUUGAGGAAGUUGUGAAAGAGGCUGCAAUUGAGAUAAACUCAGGAUUACAAGCUUUUGCUUGUGGAUCCUACCGAAGAGGGAAACCAACAUGUGGUGAUGUGGACGUCAUUGUGUCACACCCAGAUGGUAAAUCUCAUGAAGGGGUUAUGGCAAAACUGCUAGAACGUCUAAAAUCCACAGGAUUGAUUACGGAUGACCUUACCUUGUCUGAUAGUGGGGAGCAUAGAAAAUACCUUGGAGUUUGCAAACUCCCUGGGGAAGAUACAAAGCACAGACGUUUGGAAAUCAUUGUUGUCCCUUACAAUGAGUGGGCCUGUUCUUUGUUAUACUUUACUGGUUCUGACUACUUUAACAGGUCUAUGAGACUUCUUGCCAAGAAGAAUGACAUGUCCCUCUCAGAGCACUCCUUAAAUAAAGAUGUGGUUCGGAAGGGAAGUGAAAAGAUUUUUGAAGGCACUCCACUUCCAGUAUUCAGUGAAAAAGAUGUGUUUGAUUAUCUUGGCCUGGAGUACAGAGAACCUCAUGAAAGAGAUUGGUAGUUGCAGCAUCACAGAGUUUCCCCAGUUUAGAAAGAAUUAUUAUGCACAUAAAAAUAGUACCAUCCUUUUUGACGUAGAUGUUGUGGUGCAAGCAGUUUAGGGCAAAGUGAGUCUUUUAUGCUAGAUCCACCCUAUUCUAAUACUCCUUAGAACAGUGUAAUGUACUAGAGUAUGUCUGCUUCAUGUAACAGAUUUAUUACUAGUUGUUCAAAUAAUGGACAAUGUCAUCACAGGAAAUCUCACUAACCAUGGUAUAUUUAACAAUUAUUCCAUGAGCGCGCAUUGGAUAUGAGAUGAUAGAUA